AUGCUGAAAUAUAUAAAUAUCCGGAAAAAUGGAAGUGGAUCAGAAGAUAACAUGGAAAAUAAAAUGGAAAUAGUAAAUUACUCAAUUGAAGAAAUGAGAAUAAAAAUGGAAGAAGCUCAAAAAAAAUAUUUUGGUUAUAAAAAUUUAAAACACUUUCAAAUUGAAGCAGUACAUGCUGUAUUUCAUAAAAAAGAUAGUUUUUUAGUUAUGGCAACAGGUAUGGGGAAAUCACUAUGUUAUCAAAUACCAUCUAUAAUGAAUGAAUAUAAAAAUAAACUAACAAUAGUUAUAUCUCCAUUAAUAUCAUUAAUGAAAGAUCAAGUUGAUAACUUAAAUAGGAAAAAAAUAUCAUCUGUAUUUUUAGGAAGUGGGCAAAAAAAAAAUAAUCAAAAAAUAUUAUCUGAAAUAAAACAAGGAUUAUAUAAUAUUGUUUAUUGUAGCCCUGAAUAUGCAUUAAAUAAUAAAAAUCUAUUUAUCUUAUUAAAAAAUAAAAUAUUAUUAGUAGCAAUUGAUGAGGCACAUUGUAUGUCAGAAUGGGGUCAUGAUUUUAGACCAUCAUAUAGAAAGUUAAAUGAAUUAAGAAUAAUUUUAAAAGGCAUUCCAUUUAUGUGUUUGACUGCUACAUGUACUAAAUCAGUCCAAAAUGAUAUUCUCAAAAAUUUAAAUUUCAAUUUAAAUAAAUGCUUAAUAAAAAGAAGUAGUGUAAAUAAAAAUAAUAUAUUUUAUAAAGUUCUUGAAAAAACAGAUAUAUAUGACGAUUUAAAAAACAUUUUAGAUAUUCCUCCAUAUAAAUCUAAUGAGCGUACUAGAAAAUUUAUAGACAACUCUAAAAUAUGUCCAUAUAAUUCAACACUGAUAUAUGUUAAUUCAAAAAAAGAUUGUGAAAAUAUUUAUAAUUUUUUAAAUGAUCGUGGGUUAUUAGUAAGAAUGUACCAUUCUGAUUUAACAAAUGAAGAAAAAAGAGAAGCUCAUGAAAUGUUUUUAAAAGAUGAAAUACAAAUAGUUAUUGCUACUGUUGCUUUUGGGAUGGGAAUUGAUAAACCAGAUAUUCGCAGAAUUAUACAUUAUGGAUUUUCACGAUCUUUAGAAGCAUAUGUUCAACAAGUUGGCCGAGCAGGUAGGGAUGGAGGAAAUGCGGAGGCUAUAUUAUUUUUUCAUAUAAAUGAAGAAUCUAAAUCCAAAAAUUUAAUUUUAAGAGAAAAUAUAGCAAAUCAUAUGAUGGAAAAAAAUUUUAAAAGAGUUCAACAUAUUAUUAAUAUGUUUACACAAUCGUCAGAUUAUGCUUAUUCUACAAUAUGCCGAAGAAAAAAAAUUUAUGAUUAUUUUGAUGAACAUCCUAUUAAAUCUUUAGACAUAAAUAUAUUUGAUAAUAUAAAUAAUAAAGGUGUAUGUUUUUAUGUUCAAAAAUAUGAUAUUUUUUUAUGCUCUAAAUGUGAUAAUUGUGCUUAUUAUAUGAAUAUUAUAAAAAAAAAUCAAAAUUUUUUGGAAAAAAAAACUAGAACCACGAAUGGAGCAAAUGGCAGUGAUUUAGUAGCAAUUUCAAACAAAAUAGAAAAUUCAUUUUUUAACUUAACCAACGAAAUAGAUGAAAGAAGCAAAAUGAUUACAUCUGAAAAUGUUAUAUGUAUAAAUGAAAAUAAAGAUGACAUAGAAGGGGGAAUGAAUCCACUUUUGUCAAUACCGAAUAUUCUAGAUAACAUUUCAGAUUUAACAAAAGAAUUAAAAAUAUUAUUAAAUUGUGUAAUUUCUUUGAAAGGUAAAACAGGAAUAUCAACAAUAUGCAAAAUAUUAAUUAAAAGUUCUGAAUCAAAUAUUAUUAAAAAGGGAUAUCAUACUAUAAAAGAAUAUGGAGAAGGAAAGCAUAAGCCUGCUUCUUGGUGGUCUGCCUUUAUGAAAGUUUGUAGAAAUGAUCAAUUUGUAGAAGAGCUUCUAAAUUACUCCAAUGAUAUGGGCUAUAUAAGUAUCGGAAUUACAAAAAAAGGAGAAGAUUUUAUAAAUAGUGAUCGAAAAUAUAUAAUUCCACUACCUUUCUUUUUAUCAGACAAAAUAAUACAUGAAAAAAAAAAAAAAGGUGGAAAAAAAGGUGGAAAAAAUGGUGGAAAAAAUGGUGGAAAAGUCGGUGGAAAAAAUGGGGAAUUUAAUUAUAAUUAUUCUGACUAUGAUCAAAAAAAUUCAACAUUCGAAACUUCAGAAAAUAACAAAGAUGGUCAUACUACAUUUAAUGUUGGUACAUAUUAUGUAAAAAAUAAAUCUAAAUAUAUUAAAGAAUAUUCAAACACUAAUUUAUCAAAUAAUGAAAAACUAAAUUCUAAUACCAUCGAUAUAGAUGUAUUUAAAUAUAAGGAAUUAGAGGAAAAUCCAAUUGUUUUAAAAGAUGGAAAAAAUAAAAAUAAGAAUGGAGCAAUAAAUUUAUCAGAAAAUAAAUAUGAAUAUUUUAAUAUUAAUAAAAAUCAAUUUGUUAAAGAAAGUGAAUAUAAAGAAAUCAAAUUAACAAACGAUCAAAUUAAAGAAUCAUUAAUGAGCAUUUUAUUAAGAACUCGAAUGUUAGAAGCAAGGAAUCAAAAUAUUCCACCUUUUCAAUUAAUAUCUGAUCAGCCAUUAAAAGAUAUAUGUAACAAAAGAAUAACACAAGUGCAUCUAAUUCGAAAACAUGUUGAUAAUAUUUCACCUUUAUGCUCAAACGUCUUUUUAGAAAAAUUGGCAUCUGGGAUUAGAGGAUUUUGUUUAUUACAUGAUUUAGAUACAAACAUAAAUUUGAUAAAUGAAAGUAAUGAUAGAAAAAAUGAAUCUGGAUAUAGAAUGUGUCUAAAUGGUCAUGGUAGUACAUCUGAAUUCGGAUCAACAAGGAUAUCUAACUUAACAUCUGUCACUAAUUUUCUAGAAUCUUUUACUUAUGAUAAUAAUAAAAAAAAUGGCAAUUCAGAAAUUUCAAAAAUUGAGAAUUCUGAAUAUGUAUCAAACAAUCAAAUGAAUUAUAAUAACAUAAAUUAUAUUAGAAAAAAUGAAUCAUAUGAUCAUAGAAGUUCCGAAUUUAACGAUUUUAAUACUUUGAACAUUCGAACAACUGCUUCUAUAAAUGAAUCCACGAAUAACUUUAGAACUCAUGAAAACAGUCGAACUCGUAUGAAUACCAUCAACUAUAGUGCUUUAGACCAAUUCAAGUAUCGAGAAGAAGAAUCAAAACCGACACCCAUGUACCGAACCACAGAUAAUCAUUUUCAUCACAAUUUUAAUGGCAAAGAUUGUGAUAAAACAUUGGGAAAACAUGGUAAACCUGAUAUAUAUACUAACGCUUCGAACAAUAAGUUGGAAGGAAAUAAACAAACGUGCCAUAAGGAUAUGAAUAAAUUGACUAAUAAUGAUAAAGGAUAUAGUGGAUUUAAUUUUGAUAAAAAUAUGAUAAUAAACAAUAAAUCAAAUAAUUUACAACAUAGACAAAAUGAAAUAUUUAAACAAAAAUUAAAUGAGUUUGUGUCCAACGAUUUUACAUUUAUAAAUCAGGUUCAUCAAUUUGAUAAUAUUGAUAAGGAUACAAAAAUAAACAACAUAAAUAAAGAGUCAAAAAAAGAUAAAUUCAAUUUUUCACAUUUUCUAUAUAAUGAAAAUCCUUCAAAUAAUAGUCAAAUUAGUUUUGACUCAGGAAAUAAAAAUAUAUAUUGUGAAAAUAGCACCGAUAAUAGAAAAAAUAAUAAUUUUGAUAAUAUCGACCCAAAAAAAGAGAAUAAUAUUUCUUUUAUAAAAGGCACAGAAAUCAAUAAAUUUGAUGGUAACUUAGUUGAAGUUGGAUACGAAAAAAAAAAAAAAUUUAAUUUAAUAGAAUCAUUCGCAUAUGAUGAUAAACAAAAUUAUGAGCAAGAUGCAUUUUUGCAUCCAACAAAUAUGAACGAUGUGCAAUCGUUUAGGGAAUUAAAAAAAAGGAAGCUUUAA